GACACUAGCUGUUAUAAAAAUGGCUCUCAGGAGCUUCUUCUUCGUCGCAACAGCACUCCUCCUCCUCAUCCAUGGCGGCUCAGCUCUCUUCUUCGGCGAACAACAAGAACCCAUGUGGCAGAGCCUCCACCAGCAGCAGCAGCACCGGCUCAGAGCCAGAACCGAUUGCCGGGUCGACCGGCUCACUGCCCAGGAACCCACCAUCCGACUCGACUCGGAAGCCGGCCGGACCGAGUUCUGGGAUAGGAACAACCAGCAGUUCCAGUGCGCCGGAGUUUCCGCCGUCAGAAACACCAUCGAGCGCCGGGGAUUACUACUCCCCCACUACAACAACGCACCUCAACUCCUCUACGUUGUUCGAGGAAGGGGGGUUUUGGGGGUUGUGAUUCCGGGAUGUGCGGAGACAUUCGAGACGGAAACUCAGCAGGCACAAUCUGAUCGCCGUCGGAGAUUCUCCGACCGCCACCAGAAGGUCCGCCAGUUCAAGCAGGGAGAUGUUCUUGCUUUGCCGGCGGGCUUUACUCUCUGGUUGUACAACAACGGCGACGAACAGCUUGUCACCGUCGCGCUUCUCGAUACCGGCAACGAAGCCAACCAGCUCGAUCAAACAUUCAGAAACUUCUUUUUGGCGGGAACCCCACAAUAUGGUCAACAAACUUCUUUCCGGCGAGAGGGGGCGGAGGAGGAGCAAGCCGGCCGUAAGAACAACAUUUUCUACGGGUUCGAGGACGAGCUUCUGGCGGAGGUUUUCGACGUCGAUCGAGAGACGGCGGCGAAAUUGAAGGGGCAAGAUGAUCGGAGGGGACAAAUCGUGAGAGCUGAGAAGUUCAACAUUGUCUUGCCGGAGGCGGAAGAGGAGGAGGAGAGGCGGGAGAGGGGAGCGCCGUGGUCGGCGGCGAAUGGGUUAGAGGAAACUAUUUGCAGCGCCAAGUUGAGGGAGAAUCUGGAUGAGCCGUCACGCGCCGACGUGUACAACCCACGCGGCGGCCGCAUCAGCUCGCUCAACAGCCAGAAGCUCCCCAUUCUUAGCUGGCUUCGUCUUAGCGCCGAGAAAGGAACUCUUUACAGGAACGCAAUAAUGGCGCCACACUGGAACGUGAAUGCGCACUCGGUAAUCUACAUCACACGCGGCAACGGCAGAUUCCAGGUGGUGGGCCACACCGGAAAGUCGGUGUUCGACGGCGAGGUGAGAGAAGGCCAGCUGAUAAUAGUGCCGCAGAACUUCGUCGUGAUAAAGAAAGCCGGCGACGACGAGGGUUUGGAGUGGAUAUCUUUCAAGACCAACGACAACGCCGUCACCAGCCAACUCGCCGGCCGUUUGUCGGCCAUCCGGGCGAUGCCGGAGGAGGUGCUGAUGAACUCGUACGGUAUUUCCCGACAGGACGCAAAGAACUUGAAGUACAAGAGGGAUGAAUCCAGUGUGUUCGGUUCGACUUCGCGAUCGAGGUCUCACGGCAGAUCUCAGCCGUUGGAUUUGGCUUUGGAUGUCAUCAAGGCUAUGAUGUAA